CGGAUGUGACGUUGGUCGCCUGAGCAGGUUGAAUUCUGCUCGCUGGAAGACAUGGAGUCUCGUAACUGCUUCGGCCACUGACAGUUAUAUUUUGCACUAAUCUCAUACUGUAAUAUUAGUCAAGAAACUGACACCUUAUUCAAGUGAAAGGUGACUGAGGUCAACAGGCAGAAGAAUCAUGGAGUCCAUGCUCAACAAGCUGAAGAGCACCGUCACCAAGGUGACUGCAGACGUCACCAGCGCCGUGAUGGGCAACCCAGUGACUCGUGAGUUUGAAGUGGGCCGGCACAUUGCUAGCGGUGGCCCCGGUCUUUCCUGGAGGAUCUACAAUGGGACCAAGAAGUCCACCAAGCAGGAGGUGGCAGUCUUUGUUUUUGACAAGAAAAUUAUUGACAAGUACCAGAAGUUUGACAAGGACCAGAUUAUCGAUUCGUUAAAGAGGGGCGUUCAGCAGCUGACCCGUCUGCGACAUCCUCGGCUGCUCACAGUCCAGCAUCCCCUAGAGGAGUCACGGGACUGCCUGGCGUUCUGCACCGAGCCUGUUUUCGCCAGCCUAUCCAACGUCCUCGGCAACUGGGAGAACCUGCCCAGCCCCGUGCCCACAGAUAUCAAGGACCACAAGCUUUACGAUGUGGAGACCAAGUAUGGCCUGCUGCAGGUGUCUGAGGGCCUCUCAUUCCUGCACAGUGGGGUCAAGAUGGUGCACGGCAACCUGACCCCGGAGAACAUCAUCCUUAACAAGAGCGGCGCCUGGAAGAUCAUGGGCUUCGACUUCAGCAUCUCCUCCACAAACCCCUCGGAGCAGGAGCCCAAAUACGCAUGUAAGGAGUGGGACCCCAACCUGCCCCCACUCUGCCUGCCCAACCCGGAGUACCUAGCCCCCGAGUACAUCCUGUCAGUCAGCUGUGACUCCGCCUCUGACAUGUACUCUCUGGGUGUGAUCAUACACGCCGUCUUCAACGAGGGGAAGCCCAUAUUGCAGGUCAACAAACACGACAUCUUCAAGAGCUUCAGCAGACAGCUGGACCAGCUCAGCCGAUUGAGCCCGAGUGCUCUUACCCAGAUACCAGAGGGGGUACGGGACCACGUGAAGAUGCUUCUCAGUGUCACGUCAACAGUCCGACCAGACGCUGACCAGAUGACCAAGAUCCCUUUCUUUGACGACGUGGGUGCUAUGACUCUGCAGUACAUUGACUCACUGUUCCAGCGGGACAACCUGCAGAAGUCCCAAUUCUACAAAGGCCUGCCCAAGGUGCUGCCUAAACUGCCCAAGCGCGUGGUGGUUUUCCGCAUCCUCCCGGCCCUCACUUCCGAGUUUGUGAACCCGGACAUGGUCCCGUUCGUGCUGCCCAACGUGCUGCUCAUCGCCGAGGAGUGCACCAAGGAGGAGUACCAGCGACUCAUCCUGCCCGAUCUCACGCCCGUCUUCAAGCAGCAGGAGCCGGUGCAGGCUAGCAACAUGAUUCUGCUGAUAUUCCUGCAAAAGAUGGACCUGCUUCUGACCAAGACUCCCCCCGAAGACAUAAAGAACUGCGUGCUGCCCAUGGUCUACAGGGCCUUGGAGGCGCCGUCCAUCCAGAUACAGGAGCUGUGCCUGAACAUCAUUCCAACUUUCGCCAACCUGAUCGAUUACCCGUCCAUGAAAAACGCACUGAUCCCCCGCAUCAAGACCGCUUGUCUGCAGACAUCCUCACUGGCUGUCCGUGUGAACUCCCUGGUGUGUCUGGGCAAGAUCCUGGAGUACCUGGAUAAGUGGUUCGUCAUAGAUGAAAUCCUGCCUUUCCUGCAACAGAUUCCGUCCCGGGAGCCCGCUGUUCUCAUGGGGAUUCUGGGCAUCUACAAGUGCACCUUCACCCAUAAGAAGCUGGGCAUCCCCAAGGAGCACCUGGCCGGGAAGAGCCUGCCUCACCUCGUGUCCCUCAGUAUCGACAACAACCUGAACCUCACUCAGUUCAACUCCUUCAUGGCCGUGAUCCGCGACAUGCUGAACCGCAUGGAGGCCGAGCACAAGACCAAGCUGGAGCAGCUGCACAUCAUGCAGGAGCAGCAGAGGAGCCUGAACAUUUCCAAUCAACUGAAUCCAUCUGAGGAGACCAAGAGCACCCCAAGCCCUGGCAAUGAGCUGGAAAAUAUGUUUGGCGGCAGCUCUGGGAGCAGUGAGGUGAAUGGGAAGGAGAACGGAUCCUCCACGGCAGCCCCACAGCCCAACCGAAUGUCGCUGACUCUGGAGGAGAAGCAGCGCCUAGCGAGGGAGCAGGAGCAGGCAGCCAAGCUGAGGAGCCAGCAGCCCCUGGCACCGCAGACUGUCAGGCCGGCUCCGGCCCCCACGCAGACCAAAGAUCUGACCAGCAGCCUGCUAAACAACGUGGCGUCCCUGGGGAGCCUCUCCCUGGGCUCCGGUCCCAAGCCAGUGCCGGCACAGGGGGCCAUGGUGCCGGCCGGGUUCCCCUCGGCAUCGCCCAUGGGCAGCGUGGGCUCUAUGCCCGGCAUGAGCAACGGCUACAGCCCAGGGAUGGGCUUCCCGAUGGGGGCCACACGGCCGGCUGGCCCGGGCCUCUACGGGGGCAUGGCCACCACCACCAGCACACCCAGCUUCACCUCCCUUGCCCAGAGCCAGCCUAACAAGGCCCCGGACUUGUCCGCUCUUGACUCUCUCUUUGGCCCCCAGAAGCCCAAAGUCAGCCUGAACCAGAUGGUGCCCAUGCCGGCCCCUAUGGCGGCGCCCGGGGCCCCUAGCCCCUGGGUCAACCAGUUUGGGGCCCAGCAGACCCAGCCGGUCGCACCCCUGGCUAUGGGCGGAGCUCCGGCAGCCUUUGGCAUGCAGGCAAACCCAUUCUUCAGUCCUCAGAACUUCUCGCAGACCACAGCCAACCCUGGCAAACUCCAACAGAGCGCCUCUGUGAACAAUGACCUGAAGGACCUCUUCGGAUAGACGGCCAGCGGUUUUCGAAGGUUUAAAUGCAAGGACUGUUGCAGGUGGAUGGGAGAGACCAAGCAGAUCCAUGGGUGAAUCGGUGUAUGAUCUCAUUGGCUUCAUUUUAAAGUUUCCGAUUUGAUUCCAGUUUUACGUUUAGACUUAACGUUUUUCGCCAGUUUUCCACUUCAGAGCAGACGUGUGUGUUGCGUAUGCGUGUCUGUCUGCCUGCCUGUCCGUCUUCGGUAGCUGCUCGGGAGAUUUCCACAGGAACCUCUCUGUAAGGUGAUGUGUGCAGUCAGACAAUCAUUUAAGCGCAAGAAAGCAGGCGAUGGAAUUCGGAUGCGCUUGGAUGCUGGUCAUUCCAUCACCAUGGAAACCAGAGGUCCUCAUGGCAAAGACCCCCGUCCCCCCAGCCUGCCCCUCUCUCACUGCACCGUCCUCAGGUGCCGCUGUAGCACGGUGCCAGGGGACCUUUUCAUAUUAGCUGUGAUCUACAUGCUACCAGGCUGCCUUACCUCAGUGAGGAUGUAAAUGUAACCAGUUUAGGGGGAAUUCGGGUGUUGACACACUGCACUAUGUAUACAGGGACAGACAAACACUUUGCUGUAGGUCUGUGCGUUUCUCUGCAUGAAAGGGAGUGACAGCACUUUGAUGUCCAGAGAGUGCGUGUGUGUGUGUGUGUGUGUGUGUGUGUGUGUGUGUGUGUGUGCGUGUGUGUGUGUGUGUGUGUGUGGAUUAAAUGUAACAUGGUCUGAUCUGCUUUCAUGAAGGAAAUGAUAUGAAUUAAUGUAUAUUGAGAUACAGAAUGACGGUUUUGUCAUGGAGAAUGUGUUUUCAUACACUGGUUAUAUCCAAAUGUAAGAUUUUUUUACAAAUCCUCUUUCCACAUGCUUUACUACGUGGACGGUAGAUCCUUUGCUCUUUGAGCCUUAACUUGUAGAUUUUGGUUUAAUAUUAUUAUUAUUUGUUUUUUAAAACAUCAGGCUCUGUCAAUUUAGUGUGCAUUAGUCUGUCACAUAGAUGUCUGUACGUCUUCUGACCAUUGCUGAUCUUAACUAGAUGGAAAUUUUGGUUUACUUAAUUCACAUAAGGGGUGAGGGUUAGUAACAGUCAGUCGGCAUAGCCCACCCAAGGGACUUCAAAGUAACAGAAAUGAUUUACUGUAUACAGGAAACAGACAACCUAAUGUACGGCAAACAUAUCAGAGAAGCGGCAUAUGUCUGAGCAGCACCAAGCAGAGGAUUUCCCUUAUCUGACACCUAUGUUUUGCUGCACUGAUUGUUUUUGAGUGAAAGGCCUUAAGAGAAGAUUGCAAUAUUACACUGAGGGUUGGUGCACCUGGUGUGCUUGUGCUUUUUCUUGUUUUUGUUUUUUUUUUUAUUUAAAGAAUCUUUUGCUUGCUUAAAUUGCAGUGGUAACUGUCAGUUCAUGAGUAGACUUCCAAAUGACAUUUGUUUUUAGUAAGAUGUUUCUAAAGGGGUGCUGGCCCCUUGGUGAUUCCUGCCACUAGGGGGCACUCUGCCUCUUGGAGCCUCACUUCACAUGAAGUGAUGUUCAGGCAGGCCUGCCUGAGCAAACCCCAUGCUGUGCUGUCCACUGUAAUGGUGGUUUUAAAUGUGAUUUAAACAGGGGUGGUGGGAGGCAACUGUACACUGUAGAGCACCAUGUGGCCACAUUUUGUUUCCCGUCACAUGACCACAUGAGUGAUUUCCAUUUGAGGACAGACUAGAAGGCCCCCGCACGUCCCGGUCAGUCGCACCUGCUCCAUUCCCAUGGAGCGCCUUCCCUAAUGAACAUUUUGGUGGCAUCUUUUUAGUCUUUGCUUGCAAUCAGAGAUGAAAAUCCUAUUCUUCUACCAGAGUUCUGAUCCUUUAUACAUGAGAGAUUUCAUCUGUACGGUGUGGCGUCUUUGUGAAAUUUGUAUUGUGAAUGAGGUGGUGGUGUGUGAAACAGAUUGCUCAAUGGAAAAAAUCUGUAUAUAUAUAUAAAUACAUAUUCUAAUA